CCUUCAUCAGCGACUCCCCAAACACCCCUUCGGUCGCUUCCCACCUUCCCGCCGGGACAAAUCGCCAUGGCCAGUCUCAGCCCCGAGUGCAUGGAGCUCAAGGAAAAAUACGACACCUGCUUCAACAAAUGGUACUCGGACAAAUUCCUGAAGGGUCUCGAGGCCGAGAGCUGCGACGACGUCUUCAAGCUCUACAAGGCGUGCAUCUGGAGGGCCAUCCGGGAAAAGAACAUUGACAAGCUCAUCUCCGAUGCCCGCAAGGAUUCCCCGUUCAAGGAAGGCUCACAGUCGUGACGACGGCAGUCGCGGAGGGCACUGUCUGUUGCCAGCUCGACAUUCGAGCUUGCUGGGAACCAUACGCUAACAGCUUGCCGAUGAUGGCUGCGUCACUGUGAUUCGGAGGACAGAUGUGACCAUGGCGACCCAUUUCGGUGACCACCACGAGCGAAUCGAAAGCUGGGAUCUCGCUUUCAUUCCAAUCGGCCCUGUCGUGCCUGUCCUGCCUUCCCUUCGUUUGAUGGUGGGAUGGCCCGGCUUCGUAUUGGACUCAUCCGUCGAGCACAAUAUACUGCCAUUUCAGAAGCAA